ACUCCAUAUAUAUAAAUCGAUUCACUUAAUUAUAAGUUGGUGAUCAAGUUGGCUCUCUAGCCAUAAUGUUAAGACAUCUCAUGAGCUCUAAACGAGCCAGCUCACGAGUUGAUGAGCUCCACAAGCAACCAAGUCGAACUAGCUCGCUAGCUAAACAAAGUUUAGCUCAACCUCUAUUCAUUAGUAUACGAGCAAUGCUAUUGUGGAUAGGGCGGGUCGACCCACUCUUACAUGUUAUUUGAAAAAAAUACACUCAAAUUUUACUUUUUACGAUAAAAAGAAGGGGAAAACACUAUAUAAUUGAAUAAUAGUGAUAAUAGAAUGGGUAAUUCAGUCUAACAAGUUGAAAGAUUGACUCUAGCUAGUUGAAGAAAUGUCAAAAUAGGAGAAAUAUGUAUAGAUAUAGUAAGAAAUUGAGAUAUAAUGGGCCAAGAAUGGAAUGAGGCGAGUUGGAAGUAGAUACUCAUGCCCCUCCCCACCCACGCUACUGCGGGUCGGGUAAUAUCGGAUCCAUCGCGGAUCGUGUCGGAUAAUACCCGCGGGACAGGUUCAAAUUGCCAUCACUAGUAGCGAUAUACUCCAUCGAUAGAUAAAAUAUACAAUACAUGAUCCAAGUUACCGUUAUCUGUAAAUAUCUCACUGUCUUAUUCAAUGCUUGUCCAACCCUAGAAGAAGGUUUCAUCAAGGUGUUGGCGUCCUGUCGUUAUUGCUUCUAUGCAAAGGAAACAAAGCAUAACUCGACCAAGUGCCAUAUGCAUGCCUUAGAAAAGGCUUAUGACGAAGUCAGUUUGCAACUCUCUUAUGUACGUACAUAUGAUCCGAGAAUAAUAUGGACUUUUACGUUAAUUCAUUAGUUGUAAGUCCAAAAUAUCUCAAAGUAUAUGUGUUUGUACUUUGUAGUACUUACUACGUACGUACUUUCAGUAUACAAUUACAUAUAAUAUCCAUCCAUCAUUACGUCCUCCUGACCACAUUGCGAAGAAGAUUUUGAUUAUAUAGCUAUUUUAUUACAUGAUUAUGACAUAAUUAAAUGGACUAUAUAUAUGUAACUAUGCAUUUUUCAGACACUUCUGUAUGUAUACAUCGAACCCCAUAUUCCACAUGAAACACGAACGAACCAAACUUUGGAUGAAAGAAACAUGCUUGUUGUGUAUAUACAUAUGGAUAAUAUUUCUGGUUGUUCUUUUUAUUUCCAUCGUGGAAAGCUAGCUAGAUGGCUGUUAGAUUGGAUUAUACCGAUUUUCUUAUCAAUCAAAACAUGUUUUCAUGAUUUCUUUCUUUGUUUAACAUAGAUUAAUAGAAUUAGUCAAUAACUCGAGUUGUUGGGAGAACCUCAAUUAUGGAUCAUAUAUUAUUUAUUAACACAUUCUUUCAAACUAAAGUCGCUCAUAUAGGCUUGAAAUUUGCACAGGUUUGAUACUAUGUGCUUAACAUAUUAGAUGGGUCACCAAAAUUUGAACAGAAAACCUCUUGAUCGCAGAAACAUCUGAUAUCAUGUCAAAAAUCAAUUGAUAUCAAUAUUUCGAGUCUCUACAAGUCUAUCUAUUCUUUGAUUUCGUUCCCCCUGUAAGAUCAAUAUCACAACCAAUGGGGUCUGCAAGUAUAGCAUCAUGACAUUCUAGAUACGUAGGUUAUUGUUAUAUAAUCGAACGGAUAAUAAUAAAAAAAAUCAAGAAAGUGAAUAAGUAGAUAGACUUACGAGGAACUCUAAAUGAAAAGACAAAAAGGGUUCGAAUGUAAAAAUCAGAAGGGCAAAACCCAUUCACUAUUGGAGUUCGAUUACAACUUUUUACUAAUCAUCUAAAUUUACAAUUGAAUAGAAUACGAUGACUGUAUUGGUAAUAAUCCAAAAGUUCAGGGACAAAUUCUGCAAUUAAUCAACGGAAAAGUGGAGAUGGCGGAGUUAGGGCGGAGGAGAUCAAUGCCCGCCGGCCGCCACAAUGCCGGAGUGGCGCGUUAAUAACAGCGCGCCAAAAAGGUGACACGUGGAGUGAUGGAGUGGGGUCAUGAGGGGAAAAUGAGAAGACAAAAAAAAAAAAAAACCCAAAAGAAGAGGGACCAAGUAACGGAAAUUGAGAAUCAUCAUCAGACAGUCACGGAAUAGUACUGGCCGGACAUACGGAACAAAAGGAGAAGAAAAUUACCCCUCCCCGCUAAUUUCGCUCUUCUCUUUCUCCUCCUCACAUCACUUCACUUUCCCCUUCCCUUACUCAUUCUCACUCCUUGGGAGUUGUGAUGUCUCAAAGAUAUCGUAUAAUUAUAAACCAACGAUAUUACAGUCACACAAUAAGAUUGGAUCGAUCGAUAUAUAGUAUGCAUCAUUGUUUCAUAGAUCAGUAUUUUAGAAUUUUGUUGACCAUAAGUAAUCAGCAACAUGACCACAUUUUUUAUAAAUACUAGAGAUCUUUCUCGUCAACUAUUACGAAUCAACCAAAAUUAGUGAAUAAAUGAGUAGUGUUUCUUGAUCACCACAAAUCAGUUCGAGUAUAAGGCAAUAAUCAUUAACGAAACCACAACUGCACAAUUAAAUGAUAAAUUGAUUGCAGUGUCAUCUAAAAGCCAAAACUUACUCCAUGAUUAGGUUUCCAUUGAAGCAAAAUUGCACCAUUCAAUUUAAAAGCUUUCUUUCACAAGAUUAGAUUGAAAUAACUUUCACAUGGAGAACACACGCAAAUUCAUUCACUCUUACAUUUCAAAAAACACAAAGGCAAAAUUUUAAUGCUGCACCUAAUCCCAAAAAUAACUCCUUCGCCUGAAGGAAGGGAAUUAGGGAAAUGUAGUGUAGGGGAUAAUAACGAAAAAACGUUUUUGGACGCUGCCUACAUUUUCCACCCCCUCCGUCCGUCCGUCCAUUUGCCUCUCCCAAACCAAUUAUCUCCUUCCACAAAAUAAAUAAAUACAUACAAAAUCAUAAAUAAUAAAAAAUAUUGUACCUGCCAAGUACUCCUACCCGUACCGUCCCUUCUCCUCCUUCCGUCUUUUUUUUUUAUAUAUAUUCCCUUCCUUCCCCUUCCCUUCACGCCUCUCCCUCUUCUCUCCACUCUCUCUCUUUCUCCGAAACGGUUACACAAAAGUAAAGCAUCUCUCUCUCUCCUCCGUCCUCCAUCUCCGCCGCCGCUCUCCGGUCAGAUUCAGUUCCCAAAAUCAAUUAUGAAGCAAUUAAUCCGCCGCCUCUCACGCGUCGCCGACUCCUCCACCUACAGCCUCCUCCGCUCCGACUCCCACCACAACCGCCGCCGCGCCGCCGGCAGAGCCGAAUCAUUUCGGUCCCUAGUGAAGGCGGCGAGGAGAUCCAGCUGCGGGAAGGCCGUCCCGCACGGGUACGUCCCCGUCUACGUCGGCGACGAGAUGGAGCGGUUCGUGGUGAGCGCCGAGCUCCUCAACCACCCGGUCUUCGUCGGCCUCCUCAACAAGUCGGCGCAGGAGUACGGAUACGAGCAGCAAGGCGGGCUCCGGAUCCCCUGCCACGUCCUCGUCUUCGAGCGGGUCAUGGAGGCGAUUCGCCUCGGCCUCGAGUCUCACGACCUCGACGACCUCCUCAGCUCCUCCUCCGCCGCCGUCUCCGUCGGCUACUUAUGAGAAUUGCCGUCUCUCCGAUUUAGGUUUUUUUUAAGAUUUGGGGGAGAAUUAAUUUCACAGGAAAAGGAAAGUGAAAAAAAAAGGGAGGGAGAGAGAUGUUUUGGAAGUAGGUGGUUUUUACCGCUGUAAAUACAGGAGGUUAUUUUUAGUUACCUUUCUAGAUGAUGAUGAUGAUGAUAAUUUUUACCAUGGUGAUGUGGCAUGGGUUUGGGAGCUGUAAUUUUUUUUUUUUAAUGGAGUUGUCCGUCCGUUGUAAAACACAGCUACUGAGACAGGCAAGCAAUGGAAGAAAAGAUAAUUCUAGAGUUAAUUAAUUAAAAAUUCUACCGUUUCCCUGUGAAUUCGAUUUCCCUCCUUUUUUUAACCCGUCAAUUUCGGCUCGAUUAAAUCUGAUGGCCGGCCGGCCGAGGGAAUCGGGUCGGGGGAUUGGUGGCGGGACAGAGAUGUAAUUUCACACCUAAUGGAGGGGGACAAGAAUGCGGAUGGAUGGAAGGACAAGGUAGAAGGUAGAAUCUAUGCCCUGUUUGUUAAGGUUAGGUUGGAUUAUGAUCCUUUCUUUCUUCCUUGAAAAUCACUACAUUUUGGGGCUUCGGUGAAAAAGUUUAGGUAGUUGGAAAUACGACUGUACGGUUGAGAUUAGCAAAACCAUUUUGGCUUCUACACUCGCGUCCUAGCUCAAUUAUACUCGAAAUCGUCCAUUAUAAUUAUUCGAUGUUUACGCGCGUGUCUUACUUUGUAUGAUACAAACGAGAAUCCUGAAACAAAUGAUAACGCAUUUUUCACUCUCGAAUUUUGUUUACAUUACAAAAAACCAAUACUUAUGCAUGCAAUGCUCAAUCGGAUACGGUAAUCAUCAUAUGGCAAAACAUGACAAUUCUAUUAUCGCAUUGAGGUGGGAUAUAUGGGGAUAGGUUACGGUGAUUACUACAAAAGUAGUAAUCACCAUGGUUAUUAAGGGUAAAUUGGGUAUGAAAAAUAAAUUGUAUUAAUUAAUUUUUUUAAUAAAUUACAUUUUAGUUAGUUACAAGAAUCUAUUAAUUACAAUUCUCUCUCUUUCUCUCAUUUUCAUAAUCUCCAGUCAGAUCCCCUUUCCUUAUUUUUCUCAAUCUUUCUGCAAAAGAAAAAAAACACGAAAUCACUACCAAUCCAUUAGACAACCACUACCACUUUGAAAAAUAUCAAUACCAUUGCAAAAAUAAAUCUAUACCGUUACACGAAAACUACCAAUAUAAACAAUCUACCAAUAUAAAUCUAUACCAUUUCACAAAAAAUCAAUACCAUUGCAGAUUUAAUCAAUACCAAUACAUGCAAAUUAAUAAAAUUACAUGAUAAUC